GUGACUCACCCAGAGAGAGAACCAGUGACUCACCCAGAGAGAGAACCACAUCAGUGUUUUGUUUGUAGAAAAAGCUUCACAACAUUGAGUUAUCUAGUAAUCCACCAGCGAAUUCACACCGGAGAGAAACCGUAUCAGUGCCAUGUUUGCAGAAAAAGCUUCAUUAGGAAGGAAUACCUCAUUAAGCAUAUGGUAAAUCACACUGGAGAAAAGCCAUAUCUGUGCAAUGUUUGCGGAAAAACCUUCUUAAGGAAGGCGUACCUGAGAGUACAUAUGGUAACUCACACAGGGGAGAAAUCGUUUAAAUGCCCUGUAUGUGAAAAAGGCUUCAUAUCAUCGACUUGUCUCAAACUCCACCAGAGAAUCCAUACAGGGGAGAAACCCCAUAAGUGUAACCUAUGCAGCAAAAGCUUCAUUAGGAAGGCGUGCCUGAGAGUACAUGUGGUAACUCACACAGGGGAGAAACCUCAUCCUUGUAACGUUUGUAGCAAAAGCUUCACUCAGAAGAAAGGCCUGAGCGUGCAUAUGAGGACCCACACAGGGGAGAAACCUUUCAAGUGCCCUGUAUGUGAAAAAUGCUUCACCUAUUCAAAUAAGCUAAAAUGCCACCAGCAAACCCACACAGGGGAGAAACCAUAUAAGUGCCACAUCUGCAGCAAAACCUUCACUCAGAGUGGAGGCCUGUCACGUCAUAUGAAGACUCACACUGGAGAGAAACCAUAUAAGUGUUCUGUAUGUGAAAAACGUUUCACAUCACCGACUAAUCUUAAACUCCACCAGCGAAUCCAUACAAGAGUGAAAUCAUUUACGUGCCCCGCGUGUGAGGAAGGCUUUACAUCGUCAAGUCUUCUAAAACGUCACCAGCAGAAUCACUGUGGAGAGAAGACAGAAAAAAAACGACCAGAGGAAACAUUUCUCUGCAGUGAUUGUGGCAAAAGCUUCCGUACCAUGAGUUACCUGAGAGUGCAUAUGACGACUCACACAGGGGAGAAAGCUAAUAAGUGUCCUGCGUGUGAUAAUUGCUUUAUAACAGCCUCUGAUCUAAAAGUCCACCAGAAAAUUCACAAUGGAGGGAAACCAUAUCAGUGCAAGGAAUGUGACAAAUGCUUCACUCAAAGGUCAACAUUGAAAAAACACAUAGGGUCUCACACAGAACUGCAUAUGUGUCAAGUGUGCAGCAAAAACUUCACCCAAAAGGGAAACCUGACACAACAUAUGAGGACUCACACAGGGGAGAAACCGUUCAAGUGCUCUGUAUGUGAAGGAGGCUUCACGUCAGCCCCUUCUCUAAAACUCCAUCAGCAAAUUCACACUGGCGAGAAACCACAUCAGUGUGAAGUUUGUGGCAAACGCUUCAUUCAGAAGGGAAACCUGACAGGACAUAUGAAGACUCACACAGGGGAGAAACCCUUUAAGUGUGAAGUUUGUGGCAAAAGCUUCCUGCAGAGGGGAAACCUGACAAUACAUAUGAAGAUUCACACAGGGGAGAAAUCUUUUAAGUGUUCUAUAUGUGAAAAGCGCUUCGCAACACUACGUGAUAUGACACGCCACAAGAGAAUUCACACGGGAGAGAAACCAUAUCGCUGCAACGAUUGUGACAAAUGUUUUAAUCAGAGUAGUUCCCUUAAAUCACACACGAAGAACAUUCACAAGAGAGAGAGAACAUAAGUGUCCAUUGUGUAAAACAUGUCAAUAUGAAAAUGGAAAAGGUCCAUUCUAACUGACAGCGGUAAGAGAACAACAUAUCAUGGUUGAAAGGAAUGAUUGAAUGACUGAACUUGUAGAACAUGGUCUAUAAGGCUUAUUUUUUUAGAGAGCAGUCUGAAUUUGUAGGCAGCAGGAAUCCUUACUGGUUAAUGAUAAAAGACAGAAUGAAACAGGAUAUUUGAACAACUGUCUUCACACGAAGGAAGCUUUAGGUAUUGUUAAAGGACAAUGCUCAUCGAUCAUAAAAUGGCUGAUUUCAAAAUUAUUGAAUGAUUAUCAUGUUGAAGCAAUUGUAUUUUAAUUAUGUUUAACAUGGCUAUCGGAGUAAGACAGUAGGGCCCGGUAUUCAUAAAGCCAGUCAUGAUGAAUUUCCACCUGAGACUUACUCCACACCAGUGUGUAGUCAAAUGUUAGUGUUAAUGUAAGCUCUAUUGCUGUUUUGGUUCCGCAACC